AUGCUCUCCUCACUCUUCAACCGCAACCAAGGACAACAACCCACCUCUCCUCCUCAAGACGCCUCCUCCUCACCGAACCAAUCCCAACAAACCCCCUCAAAACCCGACGAAGAACCCCUCCCCGAACUCCGCUUCAUCAAACCCAACACAAAAUACAAGCUCCUCCUCGGCGGCCUCGCCUUCUUCACAUUCUCCCUGAUAACGACGCGCCGAGCCCUAAACAGACGAUUCCUCGCACAGAUCCCGCCCUUCUACACGAGUUCCGUGCUCCACCGGCCCAAUGUGAACGGCGGGAUGGAGGCCUUCGAGGCGCUGAAUCUUGCGACACUGAAUGUCAUCUCGUUUGGCAUGGUCGGGUCCGGUGCGGCGAUGGUGGCGUUGGAUAUUAAUCGGUUGGAGGAUAUGCAGAGCUAUGUGAGACGUGGGUUCAGUGUUGAUGGGGGCGAGUUGUCGAAGACGGAUCAGGAGAUGGAGGAGGAGGUGGCGGAGUGGGUGGGGAGUGUUUUGGGGAAGAAGUUUGAGAAAGAGGUGAGGAAGGAGCAGUUGGAGGGGAACAAUGCUGCUGCGAAGAAGGAGGAGAAUUGA